AUGUCGCGCUUUGAGGCUUUUCUGGACUGUCUAGACAUCGUACAGCAUCCCAAUAUAAAGGGGCUGCGGCUAAUUGGCUGCGACAACGACAAACAACAAAUCGAGGUCAGAUACCCUCAGCAGCAGCAGCAGCAGCAGCAGCAACAGCAGCAGCAGCAGCAGCAGCAGCAGCAGCAGCAGCAGGAACAGCAGCAGCAGCAGUAG